UUUUGCUUGGUAAAACGGAUUUCAUAGAGGCAAGCCAACGACAGGAAGGAGACUGUAACGCAACGCAUCAGAAUUAUACGAUUUAGGCAUUUUGAAAAAGCCCACAACAGAUUAAGAUCCGCUCAGGGGGAGGGAGAGAGAGAGAGAGAGAUUAGGCAGCUUUGCCUAAAGAAGACGUUUGUACAUUUGUAAACAUGCCUUCGGAAAAGACGUUCAAACAAAGGAGGACAUUUGAGCAGCGUGUGGAGGAUGUACGGCUGAUCCGGGAACAGCAUCCCAACAAGAUCCCGGUGAUCAUUGAGAGAUACAAGGGAGAGAAGCAACUGCCAAUUCUUGACAAAACCAAGUUUUUAGUUCCUGACCACGUAAACAUGAGCGAACUUAUUAAGAUUAUCAGGAGACGCCUCCAACUCAACUCCAACCAGGCUUUCUUCCUGCUUGUUAACGGUCACAGUAUGGUAUCUGUGUCUACUGCCAUUUCUGAGGUCUAUGAGCGCGAGAGAGACGAGGAUGGCUUCCUGUACAUGGUCUAUGCCUCCCAGGAGACAUUUGGAUUUGUGGGCUCACAGUAAAAAUUACAUAUGAUUGGCUUUCACCCUCGGACAAUGAUAAACGACCUACGUUGAACCCAUGUGACCUAUCCCCUACAUAUAGCCCCUCCCCUUUCCCACCCCUUCCCAACAGGACUGUAGGAACCAGCUGAACCUUCAGUCCUUUUGGCCCCGAUCCCAACUCAAUCCUAACCAUUAUCCAAAGCUAAAUCCUAAAUUCCUUCUCAACCUUUAACUUUGACUUCCCUAUUUAUGCUGUCAUUAUGGAUGAGGAGUCAUCUGUUUGGUUUUUGGUUGUAUGUCAGGUCUUGGUUAAGGUUAUCUGGACAAUGAUCCAGUGUGUUUAAAUAAGAUUUACUCAACAUAAAGCUUGAAAGAAAGACUUCUGUGUAUCAAGAGAUGGGAUCAUCUCUUUCCCUUGGCGGUUCCAAAAAUGAUCCAACAUGUCUAGAUGAGGCAUCUAGUGUAACAUUAGGCAGCCAAAUAGUUUUUAGGUUACUGGUCAGGUCCAAUUCAGCUUGGCUGGGGUCGGGUUGCUGCCAGCGCACACUAGUGACUUUCAACCCCUCCCGUUCCUUGACGAAUAUGUGGCUUUGUGGACUCAUCUUUACUCGUUGAGUUGGGCAGACUUUACUCAUAGAUGUCAUUAAACAAACUGUGUUUUCUGCUAAUAAUUGCAUUCCAUUUCCUGCUAGAGGCAAUUUAGUCUUUUCAUGUCACCCUUGAGGUUUCGCUAAUUGGGUCGUGAGCGUUGAGGGUGUCAAGGUUAAAAAUAAUGGCCUACUUGCCUUGUUGACUUUUUCAGUGUGUUCCAUGGAAAGUAGAUGUUACAUGGUACACACCUGAUGAAAGGAUAAAAGAAAUCUCAAUUAUUAAAAAACAACAACAACCCUGCUUUCAUUGUAGGAUGAAGCUUUAUAAUGCAAGUAUAUAAAAGACAAUAAAAAUAAUUAUCUGACAAUGGUACAUUGAAAGACAGCUUGAGCGAAUGAAUGUGGCUUUAAGGACAUGCCAUACAGUGAAGCGAUUGUGGCCCAGGUAGACAGGGCGGAUGUAGCCCGGUCUAUAUGGAACUGCGCCUGAACGUCCUUGCUCUUUUAGGAGCACGCUUUUAGUCUUCUCAGUUUUACUAGAGAAUUAUUUACGCCUUUACAAAUACAUAACCGUGCGCUGUUGUACUCUUUCCAUCUAUAUGUCUUUACAGUUAACUGUAAAGAUAAGCUCCUGAGCAUUUAUUUGCUAUUUAAUUGUCUUGCUCUUAUUUAAAGAGAUGUUAUUUUUUUGUUUCAUUUUUCAUGUGUAAACCAUUCAUAUGUGAUUUUAUUGUGCAAUUUACAAAAGUGACUGUUUGAAUGAGGGUUUAACUAAAAUUAUCAACCCCAUUUCUGCAUUUCUCCUGCUCACAGAUGUCAGAUUUACAGCAAUAUCACACUUCUAUUUCUGUUGGUAUUUUAAAAAUAAAAGAGGAAUAUGCAUCC